GUUUUCUGCCACUUAGUCAACUGUAUGUCAGGUCAACCCAGUCAGUUAAGUUUUCACAUUGUGUUGUAGCUGUUUGUGAGAAAUCAAUCUAGACAAAUACCAAUAUAUAUUUUGAACAAAGUUUAGUGCAGUAAAAUGCCAGGGAAGUGCUCUUUGGAACAGGGUGGUAGAACCGCGACUCAGGUGAUUACAGUCCUAUGCUGCACUGGUGCUCACUGUGACUGUAUUCUUCCGACAAUUAUCUGAAGUAGAUGUCAAGCUCCUCACAAUGACACUCAAGAUAACCAUGCCAGGAGAACAAAGUGGUUCUACAUUCUCUCAGCUGAGACUCUUUCUUUGUUUCCUGAUGUAUUGCUGGGUUCUUGCUGAUCCAGUAUGUGGGUACUUCCUGAAAAACUGCACAAUCCGGGGUAAUCUCAGUGACCCCUCUAACAUGAAAGUACUCUGUGAAAAGAGGAACCUAGGAGUCAUACCAAAAGACAUUCCACGGAAAGUAAGCGUUUUAGAUGUGGCCAUGAAUAACAUUUCCAAAAUUGGAAAGUUGGAUUUUAAAGGCCUAUCAAACCUCAAAAUUCUAAACAUGUCAAGAAACCAGAUCUCUUCAGUGGAUGAUGGGUCUCUCAGACACCUAGAGGCUCUUCAGGAGCUGGGUCUGGCUCAUAACAGACUCACAACCCUGUCAGACCAUUUGUUUCAGGGCCUGGUAAACCUCUCCCUGCUACAUCUGGACAACAACGUCAUCACAACCAUCGCGUCCUCAUCCUUUCAACUUCUCUCCAGUUUGAAGACAGUGAAUUUAACCAAGAACAACCUUUAUAAUAUGAAGGAAGUUCAGCCAAUUGUACAAUUGCCACACUUACAGGAGUUGUACAUUGGGAGCAACAAAUUCACCUCUUUCCAGUCACAGGAAAUAUCAAACACUUCUAUAGAGCUGAGACUGUUGGAUUUAUCCCGGAAUCCAUUGGGAAUCUUCAGGAUCACGGCAGAUGUUCUUCCUUACCUUGAGGUGUUAGACAUCGCCUACUGUGGCCAACUUGGACACAUGGAAUGGGAUGUGCUGGACAGGUCUUUUCUGAGCAACGUCAAACGUCUGAACCUGAGCGGGAUAGAGAUGUCUUUGGAGAGGAUGGGUAUGGUACUGCAGACUGUCAACUCCUCAUUAGUCCAUCUGAGACUGUAUGACAUUAGUGAAGAGAGGGUCAAGGCUCUCACUGAUAUUGCCUGCAAUAUACCCACACUUCGCUUGCUCCGACUGCAUCAUAACAACAUAAGUGUUCUCUCUAAGGAAUUUCUGCAGUCAUGUAAACAGUUGACCGAAAUGGACGUAUGUGAUAAUAAUAUCAAUCAGCUGUCUGAGCUUUUAUUCAGAUCAAUGGAGCAAUUAAGUACUUUGAAACUGGGCCACAACAGGCUUUCUUCCAUGCCAAAGGCCACAAGAAAUCUACCUACACUGAAGAUCCUGGAUCUGAGCUUCAAUAUCAUCCAUGAACUGGGCUGCCCUGACUUUGCCAAUCUUACAGGACUCACACAACUCUUUCUUUUCCACAAUCAAAUCUCCAACCUUCCAGAAUGUGUAUUCCAGGAUUUGAUAGACUUAAGGAUCCUUAAACUGGGAUCAAACAAAAUCCUGACCUUGAAUGAUGCAUUCAUGAGUGGUUUGCACAAACUAGAAUAUUUGUCGAUGUCAUACAAUAAGCUGAGCUCAAUCUCUAAAGGAGACUUUAAAGGCUUAGCAUCACUCAAGACCCUUCUUUUAUUUGACAAUCAGAUUGCUAGCCUUGAAGAUGGAGCCUUUGAGGGAUUGGUGAAUCUUACAGAACUUAGACUCCAGUCAAAUAAGAUCACUCAAAUAGACAUAAGAAAUACUGUGCUCACGGGACUUCCACACUUAAGAACUCUUGAUAUAUCCUGUAAUUACAUCACAUACGUAAAUGAUGAUACAUUAGACCCUCCACCCUUCUCUCAUCUGAUAUCUCUGGAGAACCUGCAGAUCCACAGUCAGCGUCACAAGGGACUGUGUCAUCUACCUAUCAACUUCCUUGAAGGUCUGAAAUCUUUAUUGGCAUUCAAGGCAGGGAAUCUCAAUAUUAAGGACCUGCACCCAAACACAUUUAUUCACACACCACGGUUGUGGUACCUUGAUGUCAGUAAGAAUGAGUUCACAGCCCUCACACCAAAGCUGUUUCACCCAACCCCAAGGCUCAACAGAAUGUACCUGUCCAAAGCACGACUUCAGUCCUUAGAUUUCCUCGUAGGAGCAAACCUCAGUAGAGUCACUUUCUUGCAGGUGAGCAAGAAUGACAUAACAGUAGUCAAUGAGACAGUGUUGCAAUCUCUCCCUGCCUUGACAUACCUGGACAUGCAAGAUAAUCCUUUCACCUGUGGCUGCAGCGAUGCUUGGUUUGUCCAGUGGAUGGAGAGCGACAACCAAACACAAGUUGUUGGUGCAGGAGAAUUUACCUGCAACUAUCCUGCCAAUCUAAAGGACACCAAGCUGUUGGAUGUUGAGCUUCAGUUCUGUAUAGUACACUUAGGACUUUACUACUACAUUUCUACCACUUGUCUGGUCCUCCUCACCCUGGUAGCAUCCUUUGCCUACCACUUCCUGAAAUGGCAGGUCAUUUACGGCUAUUACCUAUUCCUGGCUUUCCUCUAUGACGCCAAGCAAAGGAAUAAGCUCACGCCUCAUGGCUGUCAGUACGAUGCCUUCAUCUCCUACAACGCCCACGAUGAGCCCUGGGUCCUGAGGGAGCUUCUGCCAGAGCUGGAGGGAGAGCAGGGCUGGAAGCUGUGUCUCCACCACCGGGACUUCCAGCCAGGCAAACCCAUCAUAGACAACAUUAUGGACGGCAUCUACGGAAGCCGCAAGACCAUCUGUGUCAUCAGCCACCGCUACCUGGAGAGUGAGUGGUGCUCCCGGGAGAUCCAGGUGGCCAGCUUCCGGCUCUUUGAUGAGCAGAAGGACGUCCUGAUUCUGGUGUUCCUGGAGGAGAUCCCUACCCACCAGCUGUCACCCUACCACCGGAUGAGGAAGCUAGUGAAGAGACGCACAUACCUGAGCUGGCCCAGAGCUGGGGAGCAAACCGGGGUCUUCUGGCAGCAACUACGGCUGGCUUUAGAGACCAAGGACGGCUCUGCUGAGGAAAAUCCCAUCCUCUCUGGGUGCAGGCUCUGUGAUAUUUCACCUAUGGAGGAGGUGACACUGGAGAUGAGCCACUCCAACUCUACUGUCCCAUGCAUCAUCCCCAGUGUGUCGGUGCUGAAGCUGAUGCUGCAGCAGGAGGGUUCUUCUACUCAAGGCAUCAAAACUUUACGGAGACCAUUGUUGGCUCAGUGGGAAGCCUCUAACACAAUGACACUCAAGGUAACCAUGCCUGGAAAACGAAGUGGGCUUACAUUCUCUCAGCUGAGACUCUUUCUUUGUUUCCUGAUGUAUUGCUGGGCUCUUGCUGAUCCAGUAUGUGGGUACUUCCUGAAAAACUGCACAAUCCGGGGUAAUCUCAGCGACCCCUCUAACAUGAAAGUACUCUGUUAUAACAGGAAUCUUGAAGUCAUACCUUCAGAUAUUCCGCUGAAAGUAAGCAAUUUAGACUUGGCCAUGAAUAAGAUUUCCAAGAUCGAAAAGUUGGAUUUUACAGACCUAUCAAACCUCAAAAUUCUAAACAUGUCCAUAAACCAGAUCUCUCAAGUGGACGAUGGGGCUCUUGGACACCUAGAUGCUCUGCAGGAGCUGGGUCUGGCUCAUAACAGACUCACAACCCUAUCAGACCAUUUGUUUCAGGGCCUGGCCAACCUCUCCCUGCUACAUCUGGACAACAACCUCAUUGCAACCAUCAGCUCCUCAUCAUUUCAGCCUCUCUCCAGUUUGAAGACAGUGAAUUUAACCAAGAACAACCUUUAUAAUAUGAAGGAAGUUCAGGCCAUUGUACAAUUACCACACUUACAGGAGUUGUACAUUGGGAGCAACAGAUUCACCUCUUUCCAGUCACAGGAAAUAUCAAAUACUUCUUUAGAGCUGAGGCUGUUGGAUUUAUCCCGGAAUCCAUUGGGAAUCUUCAGGAUCACGGCAGAUGUUCUUCCUUACCUUGAGGUGUUAGACAUCGCCUACUGUGGCCAACUUGGACGCAUGGAAUGGGAUGUGCUGAACAGGUCUUUUCUGAGCAACGUCAAACGUCUCAACUUGAGUGGCAUUGAGAUGUCUUUUGAGAGGAUGGGUAUGGUACUGCAGACUGUCAACUCCUCAUUAGUCCAUCUGAGAUUGCAAGACCUUGUAAACAGCUCAAGGCUAAAGGUCAAGGCUCUCACUGAUAUUGCCUGCCAUAUACCUAAACUCAGCGUGCUCCGACUAGAAUAUAACAACAUAGGUCAUCUCUCUGAGGAAUUUCUGCAGUCAUGUAAACACAUGACAGAAGUGGACAUAUCAAAUACUGGUCUUACUCAGCUGUCUGAAUUUUCAUUCAGAUCAAUAGAGCAAAUAAGUGCUUUGAAACUGGGCCACAACAGGCUUUCUUCCGUACCAAAGGCCACAAGAAAUCUACCUACACUGAAGAUCCUGGAUCUCAGCUUCAAUAUCAUCAAUAAACUAGGCUGCUCAGAUUUCUCCAAUCUUACAGGACUCACACAACUCUUUAUUUUCCAUAAUCAACUCCCCAACCUUCCAGGAUGUGUUUCCCAGGAUUUGAAAGAAUUAAGGAUCCUUAAACUGGGAUCAAACAAAAUCCUGACCUUGAAUGAAGCCUUCAUGAAUGGUUUGCACAAACUUGAGACUUUGAAUUUGGCAGGCAAUAAACUGAGCUCUAUAAGAAAAGGAGAGUUUAAAAGCUUAACAUCACUCAAGACUUUACUUUUAUAUGACAAUCAGAUUGCCAGUAUGGAAGAUGGAGCCUUUGAGGGAUUGGUCAACCUUACAGAACUUCAACUGGACUCAAAUAAGAUCACUCAAAUAGGUAUAAGAAACACUGUGCUCAUGGGGCUUCCACUCUUAAGAUCUCUUGAUAUAUCCUGUAAUUACAUCACAUAUGUAAAUGAUGAUAAAUUAGACCCUCCACCCUUCUCUCAUCUGACAUCUCUGGAGAACCUCAGGAUAUUUAGUCAGCGUCACAAGGGACUGUCUCAUCUACCUAUCAACUUUCUUGAAGGACUGAAAUCUUUAUUGUCAUUCCAGGCAGGGAGUCUCAAUAUUAAGGACCUGCACCCAAACACAUUUAUUCACACACCCCGGUUGUGGUUCCUUGAUAUCAGUAAGAAUGAGUUCACAGCCCUCACUCCAAAGCUGUUUCACCCAACCCCAAGGCUCAACAGCCUGUACCUGUCCAAAGCACGACUUCAGUCCUUAGAUUUCCUCGUAGGAGCAAACCUCAGUAGAGUCACUUUCUUGCAGGUGAGCAAGAAUGACAUAACAGUAGUCAACGAGACAGUGUUGCAAUCUCUCCCUGCCUUGACAUACCUGGACAUGCAAGAUAAUCCUUUCACCUGUGGCUGCAGUGAUGCUUGGUUUGUCCAGUGGAUGGAGAGCGACAACCAAACACAAAUUGUUGGUGCAGGAGAAUUUACCUGCAACUAUCCUGCCGAUCUAAAGGGCAACAAGCUGUUGGAUGUUAAGCUUCAGUUCUGUACAGUGGACUUGGGACUUUACUGCUACAUCUCUACCACUUGUCUGGUCCUCCUCACCCUGGUAGCAUCCUUUGCCUACCACUUCCUGAAAUGGCAGGUCAUUUAUGGCUAUUACCUCUUCCUGGCUUUCCUCUAUGACACCAAGCAAAGGAAAAAGCACACGCCUCAUGGCUGUCAGUACGAUGCCUUCAUCUCCUACAACGCCCACGAUGAGCCCUGGGUCCUGAGGGAGCUUCUGCCAGAGCUGGAGGGAGAGCAGGGCUGGAAGCUGUGUCUCCACCACCGGGACUUCCAGCCAGGCAAACCCAUCAUAGACAACAUUAUGGACGGCAUCUACGGAAGCCGCAAGACCAUCUGUGUCAUCAGCCACCGCUACCUGGAGAGUGAGUGGUGCUCCCGGGAGAUCCAGGUGGCCAGCUUCCGGCUCUUUGAUGAGCAGAAGGACGUCCUGAUUCUGGUGUUCCUGGAGGAGAUCCCUACCCACCAGCUGUCACCCUACCACCGGAUGAGGAAGCUAGUGAAGAGACACACAUACCUGAGCUGGCCCAGAGCUGGGGAGCAAACCGGGGUCUUCUGGCAGCAACUACGGCUGGCUUUAGAGAUCAAGGACGGCCCUGCUGAGGAAAAUCCCCUCCUCUCUGUUGUGCAGGCUCUGUGAUAGUGACACGUUGAUAGUGACACCUCACUCUGAACCUUUUCUGUAUAUUUACAUGAGAAUAUUGAAGAUGCACUCUCACACUUUUGUCUAAUUUUAGCCAGUUGUUUUGAAAGUGGUGCUCACGAGCCAGAAGUGGUCCCCGUUUUCUGUGUAUCACGUCAUCUAAAGUGUUUUUUUGCCUAUUAGUAUUAUAUGUUAUGAAUUAAUUUCAUACUAUGCAGUAUGUUAUGAUUUUAUUGUGCUUAUCAUCCUGGAGUGCAUCUUUAAGAAGUUCCUAAGAGUAUUGAUGUGCCUAUAGGUCAAUCUAAGUAACAUGUGAAAAAAAUCCCCAUCAAAGUUAGUUUAAGCUAGAGAUAUCAGUUUCUUUGCAUGGGUCUCAGAGCAAUUGAUAUUAUUCUGUACAUUUAUCUUCAAGGCCAAAUGUAGUUUGAUAUGUUAUGUUUUUUUAUGGUAAUUUUUAUGGUAUUAAAUGCUAAACUUAGCUAAUAAGCUAAGUAGUUACAAAGUUAGUAAGUAGUUGAACAGUUCCUCACUAGCCAAAAUGCUAAAGUUGUCCGUCAUCUGUCAUAUGCAACUAUGCCAAAACUAACAUACCAUACUAAAUGGAGUGUUUCGGAUUUUCAGUGCAUUUAGAAAGUAAUCAGACCCCUUGACUUUUCCCACAUUUCGUUAUGUUACAGCCUUAUUCUAAAAUGUAUUAAAUUAAUAAAAAAUCAUCAUACAUCUACACAGUAUACUCCAUGAUGUAAAAGCAAAAUGUGUUUUUUUUUUACAUUGUAGCUAGUUUAAUAAAAAUGUUUCAACAGAAAUACCUUUUACAUAAGUAUUCAGACCCUUUGCUAUGAGACUCGAAAUUGAGCUCAGGUGCAUCCUGUUUCAAUUGAUUCUUGAGAUGUUUCUACAACUUAACUGGAGUCUAUAUGUGGUAAACUGAAUUGAUUGGACAUGAUUAAAAAAGCACACACCUGUCUACAUAAGGUCCGACAGUUGACAGUGCAUUUCAGCGCAAAAACCAAGCCAUGAAGUCGAAGGAAUUGUCCCUAGAGUUCCGAGACAGGAUUGUUUUGAGGCACAGAUCUGGGGAAGGGUACCAAAACAUUUCUGCAGCAUUGAACGUCCCCAAGAACACAGUGUCCGCCGUCAUUCUUAAAUGGAAGAAGUUUGGAACCACCAAAACUACCUAGAGCUGGCCGCCCAGUCGAACUGAGCAAUCAGUGGAAAAGUGACUUUCUCAGGGAGGUGACGAAGAACCCAUUGGUCACUCUGACAGAGCUCUAGAAUUCCUGUGUGGAGAUGGGAGAACCUUCCAGAAGGACAACCAUCUCCUCAGCGGGCACAUAAAGGACUCUCAGACCAUGAGAAACAAGAUUAUCUGGUCUGAUGAAACCAAGAUUGACUCUUUGGCCUGAAUGCCAAGCGUCACGUCUGGAGGAAAACUGGCACCAUCCCUACGGUGAAGCAUGGUGGUGGCAGCAUCAUGCUGUGGGGAUGUUUUUCAGAAGAAGGGACUGUGGCUAUUUAAUCCAUUUUAAAAUGAGGCUGUAACGUAACAAAACGUGGAAAAAGUCAAGGUGUCUGAAUUCCUUCUGAAUGCACUGUACGUACAGAAUAAUACGAAAUGCUCUGAGACUAGGUUUGUAGCUCAGUUGGUAGAGCAUGGCGCUUGUAACGCCAGGGUAGUGGGUUCGAUUCCCGGGACCACCCAUACGUAGAAUGUAUGCACACAUGACUGUAAGUCGCUUUGGAUAAAAGCGUCUGCGAAAUGGCAUAUAUUACUAUUACUAUAUUAGGUUUGCAACCGUUUAUGUUGGCUUUCCACAUCUGCAGUGGAAGGUGGCUGAGCUACAGCGAUGUUUGUCAGACCAUGGAACAUCCGAAACGGUUUGGCCUACAAACUAUUAUGACCCCUCUAUGGAAAGACACAGGCCUGAUCUGAAGGUAAACCAGCACUGAUUCCACUCUAUGGAAAGGGGAGACUCUUACGAACAAGGUGAUGUUCUCCGUUUUGUCACAGGUCUCAGCUGAAGGUAACCCAUACAAACUAAUUGAAGUAUGAAGGUAGUUUUCUUCUAACAAAAAUAAGCGGUUACAUUUAAAAAUAUAUAUUUUAAAAAGUUAUUGUAUCUCCUAGAUAUCGGAGAGACCAGUGCUUAAUUUGUAAAUCAGGAGGUGUCGGAACAAUAAAAAGUGAGCUCGAGAGUCAGGUGACCUGGGGAGUUCUAAGGUACUGGAACGAAUGAAAAGUGAGCACGAGAGUCAGGUGACCUGGGGAGUUCUAAGGUACCGGAACGAAUGAAGAAAAUGCAUUACCUUCAUAAUAAAUCUUUGCAUGCAUAUCAUCACAUUUGCGUAGUGGCAUAGAGCAGUAGAAUUCAGGCACUUAUAGAGGUUGCACACACGGAGAACAUUUUUAGUAGCCUGGGGUCCGGGAAAAUGUUAGCCUUUUAUAAAUGAAUUUCAGCAAUUUUAUGUCAUUUUACCUGACUGGAGACUUUGCCAGAAUCUUUUUUAGUACCGCAAAAAUGAUCGAAAUAACAGGCUACGUUGACACUGACAAACUGAGAAAUCUGAGAUCAAUUAAAAACGACCUUGUCUUGAAUCCAUCAAAAGUCUAGGCCUAGUUGUGUGAAGACACAUAUUGUAGGCUACAAUAUGUGGGGCAAAUUAUAGUCCUAAAAAUGCUUCCAAUUUGACUGACUCACUCAGCUAACUCGCUGGUGAUGGCCGAUGCUCGUGCCAAAAGCCUCUCCCUCUCGCUCUCUCUUUUGUAAAAAUAAUACUUCGAAGUUGAUCAAAAAUGUUGGUAUUCUACAGCAGAGUCUUCUCUUUUCAGCAGGAGUCAUUUGCCUUACAACCUGUGUUUUCGCUUGAUUGAACUUAAAAUAUUCAAAUAUUGCGAAAGGCCUGUUUUUUCUGCAUGGUGUUUUUUCACUGACAGAUUUGCCACUCGUUCCCGGAUGUAGGCUAUUCCUUGUUUAUUAGGUUACAAUCCACAGCUACUGAUCCUCUGUCACUAAAUUAUAAAUUAUUGUUAUGGUUUUUGUUUGCUAUUCUGAAUGAUUUAAUCCAUUUCUGAACAGACAGCAGUAAUAAUAUAACUUUGGCAAAUGUAUUUAAAUGUAUCAAGGGUGCUGCAGUUCAUUCAGAAUCCUUCGCAUGGCUAUGAUUCUAUGAGGAAAUAAAUGAGAGAUGUGAGUUGCAGGCUCAUGUCUAUCAGAGUAGAGAGGGAGAGAGGUCAUAGAAAGUGAAACUCAUUCUAGUUAUGUGAGACAUACUGGCCGCUUCUCACACAGCCAAGGCCACGCGUUGGUCUCAAACAUUGCUUACAAUGUUACGCAAACCAAUAACCCGGGCCGAACCAACCAAAAUCAACUCUUAGAAUAUUAGUCCCACCUUAAAAAUGUACCUUUUCACAUUACUUUUCUUUCUGGGGCCCGGAGAAUUAACUAAAGGCUAAAUUAAGCACUGGGACAGACACAUCAAAAACCUUAUUCCGUAUGAUUUCUUUUUGGAAAGUAUUUUUAUUUGAUUUUUUACAUUUAUGAGUAUGUUAUUCAAUGCGUUUCUAUGGGCUUUAGUAGUAAAGGGCAAAUUCGAUAUUUUAUCAACUAUUUUUUUUAGAGGGUAGGAAAUGCUUAUAUUUGUAAAUUGAAUAAGCCAAUUCAUGAUCAUAUUAGCUUAUUUUUUCCUUGUCAUAGAUAUUCUUGAUUUUGUUACUAAAUGAAUGCAAUAUAAUCACACUUUUACAGUUUAUUUGUACAUUUUGAUAUCUGUCAUACAAAAUGUUCAGCAUAAAAUGUGAUAAUAAAGUAUCAAUUGAAGCGUUCAAAGAACAUUGUUCGAGUGACUUGUGUAUUGUGUUGUUUGAGUUAACAUGUGAUUAUAUGUAUUAACAGCAGGUUUGGAUCAUUUUCUAAUAAGACACCAUGUUGUCCAUUGAGUACAGAUGUUCACAGUUGUUAUUCAUCGAACAGAGAUCGCAGACACACUGACUCCUAUUCCACACAGCCCAUCAUGUCUGGGGGGAUUUUGUUAGGCUCUGGGCGGAUCCUGCUGAAAGCCAGUAGCCUGGGUGUCUCCUAGUGGUAGUACUCAGAGUCCACAUACACUUUGAUGUCAUCAUGCCUUCCUUGAUGCUGGAGAUGGGCAGUGGGGCCUCUCUGGCUACUGCCCUAGAGGUGGCAGACAGGUCCUUAUCACAGGAGGCUUGUAACAACUUGAUUGAGGAGGAUGGGCUCAAUGUAAUGGCUGGAACAGAAUAAAUGGAAUGGUACACUCUUAGAUAAAUGGUUUCAAAAGGGUUCUUCAGCAGCUUCAGGUUCUUCAGGUAGAACCCUUUUUGGUUUCAGGUAGAACCCUUUUGGUUCCAUGUAGAACCCUCUGUGGAAAGGGCUCUACCUGGAACCAAAAGGGUUUUACCCAGAGUUCUUCAAAGGCUCCUACUAUGGGGACAGCUGAAGAACCCUUUUAGGUUCUAGAUAGCACCUUUGUACUAAGAGUGUAUCAAACACAUAAACACAUUGUUUCCAUGUGUUUGAUACAAUUCCAUUCACUCCAUUCCAGCCAUUAUUAUGAGUCGUCCUCCUCUCACCAGCCUCCAGUGGUGCUUAUGUCCUUCUCUCUCCACUUAUUCAAUAUUCUUUCCUCUCACCUGUGGAUGAAAUAAAAUCCAUGAAGUAUGAAUGAGAAAUAGAACGAUAAAUACAAGGGGAAAGUCACACAAAGUAUCCAUAUCAGUUUAGUUUCACCAUAUUUGGUCUGUUUGCUCAAUAACUUUUUCUCACUUCCUCAUUCACUUUCGUUAAAACAUCCCACAGGACACCCUUUUUUGUGUUUCUAUUCGUGUUUUUUUUCUGAGAAUGAUACCUUUACUCCCACUCCCUGUUUCACUUCUUCUACACACACACACACACACACACACACACACACACACACACACACACACACACACACACACACACACACACACACACACACACACACACACACACACACACACACACACACACACACACACACACACACACACACACACACACACACACACACACACACACACACAGUAUUGUAGAACUAACACACAAUUCAGUCUCCUUCAAAAUCCUAGUUUCCCUAACCCCUAAAUCUAACCCUUACCCUUUUUAUUUUUUUUAUUUGACCUUUAUUUAACCAGGUAAGCUAGUUAGUUGAGAAUAAGUUCUCAUUUACAACUGCGACCUGGCCAAGAUAAAGCAAAGCAGUGCGACACAAACAACAGCACAGAGUUACACAUGGAAUAAACAAGCGUACAGUCACUAACACAAUAGAAAAAAAGAAAGUCUAUAUACAGUGUGUGCAAAUGGCGUGAGGAGGUAAGGCAAUAAAUAGGCCAUAGUAGCGAAGUAAUUACAAUUUAGAAGAUUAACACUGGAGUGAUAGAUGAGCAGAUGAUGAUGGGAAAGUAGUGAUACUGGUGUGAAAAAGAGCAGAAAACGAAAUAAAAACAAUAUGGGGAUGAGGUAAGUAGAUUGGGUGAAAACUUAACCUUAACCAUAACCCUGAACCUAACCCAAGCCCCUAACCCUAACACUAAACCUCGCUCCUAACCAUAACCGUAAACCUAAUUCUAACACUAACACUAAUUCUAACUUUAAGCUUCCACACACACACACACACACCUUGAUAUGAGAGAGACGUCAUUCUCCCUUUCAUUGCAUUUUAUUUCCUCUCACCUGUGGAUGAAAUAUAGUCUAUGAAGUAGGAAUGAGAAAUAGAACAAUAACAAGGGGAAACAGUAUCUAUAUUAGUUAGGUUGCAUCACAAAGAACAUACAAGCAAGGUAGAUCUACUGUUGUAUUACAAUGUGGUAUCAGUUCUGGCUCACAAGUAAGGACUAUGUCUGCUGUGAUGUCUGUGAAAACUUCUCUCAUACCUGCUUUGUAAAUCACUGAACCCUUUCCCAUGAAGCUCUUGUCUUCACAGAUGAUCUAACCAUGCAUGCCAUUGUUGUUAUUAUGUACAUAGUGCUAUUUCUAUUGUUUUAUCACCCUUUCCAUUAUUUUAUUUUACUAGCUCUGCAUGUUGGAGGUUGAAGCCGAAGAUUUUCACUCUACCCUGCAAUCACACCUGCAACCCUGUUCAUGUGACUAUUAAACAAUCUGAUCUGAAUCUGAAUGAAAUAACUCUCUCUGUCACGUUCUGACCUUUAUUUCCUUUGUUUUGUAUUUAUUUAGUAUGGUCAGGGUGUGAGUUGGGUGGGCAGUCUAUGUUUGUUUUUCUAUGAUUUGGGUAUUUCUAUGUUUCGGCCUAGUAUGGUUCUCAAUCGGAGGCAGGUGUCAUUAGUUGUCUCUGAUUGAGAAUCAUACUUAGGUAGCCUGGGUUGCACUGUUUGUUUGUGGAUGAUUGUCUAUGUUGAUGG